CUGGGAGGAGGAUGAGAUCCGCAGGGACCGAGUGGAACCUCAGAGCGUGUCCCUGUCAUGGCGGGAGCCCAUCCCUGCCGGAGCCCCUGGGGCCAAUGGCACGGAGUACGAGAUCCGAUACUACGAGAAGGGUCAGAGUGAGCAGACUUACUCCAUGGUGAAGACAGGGGCGCCCACAGUCACUGUCACCAACCUGAAGCCAGCUACCCGCUACGUCUUUCAGAUCCGGGCUGCUUCCCCGGGGCCAUCCUGGGAGGCCCAGAGCUUUAACCCCAGCAUUGAAGUGCAGACCCCGGGGGAGGCUGCCUCAGGGUCCAGGGACCAGAGCCCCGCUGUUGUCGUCACCGUAGUGACCAUCUCAGCCCUCCUCGUCCUGGGCUCCGUGAUGAGUGUGCUGGCCAUUUGGAGGAGGCCCUGCAGCUAUGGUAAAGGAGGAGGGGACGCCCAUGAUGAAGAGGAGCUGUAUUUCCACUUCAAAGUCCCAACACGUCGCACAUUCCUGGACCCCCAGAGCUGUGGGGACCCACUGCAGGCUGUGCAUCUGUUCGCCAAGGAACUGGAUGCGAAAAGCGUCACGCUGGAGAGGAGGCUUGGAGCAGGGCGGUUUGGGGAGCUGUGCUGUGGCUGCCUACAGCUCCCCGGUCGCCAGGAGCUGCCUGUAGCCGUGCACACGCUGAGGGACAGCGCCUCCGACUCACAGAGGCUUGGCUUCCUGGCGGAGGCCCUUACUCUGGGCCAGUUUGACCAUAGCCACAUCGUGCGGCUGGAAGGUGUUGUCACCCGAGGAAGCACCUUGAUGAUUGUCACCGAGUACAUGAGCCAUGGGGCCCUGGACGGCUUCCUCAGGCGGCACGAGGGGCAGCUGGUGGCUGGGCAACUGAUGGGGUUGCUGCCUGGGCUGGCAUCAGCCAUGAAGUAUCUGUCAGAGAUGGGCUACGUUCACCGGGGCCUGGCAGCUCGCCGUGUGCUGAUCAGCAGCGACCUUGUCUGCAAGAUCUCUGGCUUCGGGCGGGGCCCCCGGGACCGAGCAGAGGCUGUCUACACCACUAUGAGUGGCCGGAGCCCAGCGCUGUGGGCCGCCCCUGAGACGCUUCAGUUUGGCCACUUCAGCUCCGCCAGUGAUGUAUGGAGCUUUGGCAUCGUCAUGUGGGAGGUGAUGGCCUUUGGGGAGCGGCCUUACUGGGACAUGUCUGGCCAAGACGUGAUCAAGGCUGUGGAGGAUGGCUUCCGGCUGCCACCUCCCAGGAACUGUCCUACCCCACUGCACCGACUAAUGCUCGACUGCUGGCAGAAGGACCCAGGUGAGCGGCCCAGGUUCUCCCAGAUCCACAGCAUCCUGAGCAAGAUGGUGCAGGACCCGGAGCCCCCCAACUGUGCCCCGACUACCUGUCCCAGGCCUCCCACCCCACUAGCGGACCGUGCCUUCUCCACCUUCCCCUCCUUUGGCUCUGUGGGCGCGUGGCUGGAGGCCCUGGACCUGUGCCGCUACAAGGACAGCUUCGCAGCUGCUGGCUACGGGAGCCUGGAGGCCGUGGCCGAGAUGACCGCCCAGGACCUGGUGAGCCUAGGCAUCUCUUCAGCUGAACAUCGAGAGGCCCUCCUCAGCGGGAUCAGCGCCCUACAGGCACGAGUGCUCCAGCUGCAGGGCCAGGGGGUGCAGGAUAAUAAAAACUUGUCUGUGAUAGGGUGCCUCUUUGAGUGACCGUUUCUUGAUCAUUGUAUAGCUGGUGUGGAAGGGUUUCUGCCCCCUUCCUCGGGGACAGGGAUGUCCAGAGUGUGCAUCUGAGAUGUCUUUGCAUAGAGGGAUUUGCCGUCCCACAGCUCUGGAGGCUGGAAGUCCAAGAUCGAGAUGUGGACAGGGUUGUUUCCUCCGGAGAGCUGUGAGGGAAGCUUCUGCUCUGGGCCUCUCUCCCUGGCUUGCCUGUGGCCAUCAUCCCACUCUGUCUCUUCACAUCAUCUCCCCUCUGUGGAGAGUAAAAUAUCAGCUCUUUGAUAAGGCUAACUGGAGAAUGUUGCUUACCAAGUUUCUUUGAAGCUAAGAUGCCAUUGAGUGUAACAUGUCCUACCAAGAAAGAAACAUCACAGUCAACUAUGUUGUGCCAUCCAACCGGAAGAUGCAUCCCAGUUUCAGAGAUGUUAACAUGUACGUCUUCAAUGAAUGAGAUGCUGUGC